UCCAAGUACCGCACAACUGCAGUCUGAAACACUGAGGAGCCAUUGAGUCCACUUUCGCCACGUACUUCGACGGGAACCGCUCGGAUCUUACCGCUAUGAGCACCACGGCACUGAAACAGGAGCACUUCGACAUGGACUCCUUCUUCGACUUCAACCAAAGCACUACCCAACAAUCUCCAAUGACCGCUUCAUCAUCGUCAAGGCUGGACGCUAUGUCUCCAUUCGAUAAGUCUGAGGAGAGGCUACAGUUCAACGGCCCAAGUCAUGACUACAACCAAUACAAGCAGCAAGUUGGCGUGGCAGUCGGGAGCAUGGCAAACCUGCCGCCCAUGAGUCAGCCUCAGAUGGAGUAUGGCUUCAACUCCGGCGUCGGUGACGUGGGCUUUGAUGGUGGCUUCGGCGGAUGGUCUUCGGGUAUUGACAUUGAUGCCGACAUGACCAUGGACUUCAACAACCCUCAGUCUUCCAUGCCCGCAAUGUUCUUCCCACCACCGGGCACCGACAGUCCAUCCGACAACUUCAUCAACCCAAAUACCAUUGGCGUCGCCGACGAGCCAACUAGCAGCGUUGGUCGUCUGUGGCCAGGCAUGCACUCUCAACAAGCCCAGCAAGCCGCGAUGCAGAAGGCCGCCCAGGCCCAAGCCGUCCAGCAGCGCCAGAUGAAAUUGCAGGCCCAGCACGCUCAGUAUCGUCAUGCAAGUCAAAGCUCACAGAGUCAAGCCUCGGUUCAAGGCUCAGCUCAAGACCAUGCCAACGCCAAGCGCGUCUCUCAAGUGCCCGAGGUGCACGUUGAGGAGAGCAUCUCCCGCCUGUUGAACCAGAUGCGUCAGCAAAGCAAUGCCUCUGCUGACGACGAGGACUCACCGAACGGCAUGCUACCUAGCAUUGCUCGCAUGAAGAAGGACGAAGAGGAGAUGGACGAGGAUGAGCGACUUCUGGCGUCUGAGGAAGGCAAGAAGCUUUCCAGCAAGGAGCGCCGCCAGCUUCGUAACAAGGUGUCUGCUCGUGCCUUCCGCUCAAGGAGGAAGGAGUACAUUGGCCAGCUUGAAGGUGAACUCGCGCACAAGACUCAAGAGUGCAACGACCUCCGCCAACAGAACGUCGGGCUCUUGCAAGAGAACGACCGCUACCGCGGCCUCAUCGAGACACUGCUACGCCACCCAGCAUUCCAUCCCUUCAUCAACGACCUCUCGAAGGAUCCAUCCGUGUUGGGCAUGCCGCAAUCACAGAUGCAGGCGCCGCCGCAGCAACCGGCUCCUGUUCACAACAACAGCAACCACAACCACAGCAAAACCAACAAGUCGGCCUCGCCAUGAUCCCGGAAGAAAACUUCAGCAAGCUCAACCUCAACGGCUUCGCACGACCUCCGAUGAACUUCAACGCGUUCAGCAAUGUUAGUGCUUACGCUGUCACCGAGGUUCCAGCCGGUCCGGAUCCAAUCGACUUACUUGCUGCCUCGACCACUCGCCUGCCUGCCUAUGACUCUGCUGCUACUGCUCCUUCGACCUGCGAUAUGACUCUGCUACUUGCGAAGUUGGACGGUGCUGCGAGGAGGCUUACGGCAACAUAAUGUACCUACCAAGUUUGGUAUGAUGGAGUUUCGUGAAGCUAUGUUUCUCGUUCGACUUAGCGUUUACUCCAUAGGAUGUAUGUCGAUCUUCUCGGACGAGUCAAUCAGAGCGUGCAUCUUACUCCACUUGCUCCUCCCAACACAGUAGCCGUCCUUUUUUG